AUGGCGGAACCCAACCUACACCUGCUGCGCCAGUCGCUCGAAGCGACGCUGUCUCCCUUUGCCGAGACGCGCAAGGGCGCCGAGUCGUACUUAAACUCUCUCUCUGCUCGUCCCAACUAUGUGCUGCUGCUGUUGCAGGUCCUCGAGAGCGCGAGCGAGUCGCUGGAGGUGCGCCUUGCGGCUGCGCUGCUGUUCAAGAACUUUAUCAAGCACAAUUGGGACCCGGAGAAAGAAAAGUGCUUGUUUCUACUGGAGAAAAACGUGGUCAAGCAGCACCUUGUCGAGCUCAUGUGUCGCAUGCCCGAGACGCUGCAGAAACAGCUCAUUGAGGCGCUCACGACCAUUGGCGAGUACGACUUCCCCGCUCAGUGGCCCGAGUUGCUGCCUCAGCUCGUGCAGAAGCUGCAGACGGAGCAGGAGUGGCAGGUGCGCAAUGGCGUGCUCUUGACAGCCAACACGAUCUUCAAGCGCUUCCGCAACGUGUUCAAGUCGGACGAUCUGUUUCGCGAGCUCAAACACUGUCUCGAAGUGGUCCAGGAACCGCUGCUGGCGUUCUUUAAGGAGAUGGGCAACGCGCUGCGUGUGCCGGGAGUUCCUGUGGUGCAGCAGGAGCAGAUGCUGGCGGCUUUACGACUCAUGAGUCGCAUCUUUUACUCGCUCAAUUGGCAAGACUUGCCAGAGUACUUUGAAGACCACAUGUCCGAGUGGAUGGAGGGAUUCCUGAGCUACUUGAGCUAUGAGAAUCCAUCCCUUGUGGAUGCGGACAAUGAAGAUGAACCAGAUUCAAUUGACCGACUGCUCGUGGCUAUUGUGGAGAAUAUUAACUUGUACGCAGAAAAGUACGACGAAGAGUUCAAACCGUUCUUGCCGAAGUUUACUGAAGUGAUCUGGAACCUACUUGCGCACCGGAUUACGCUGUUCCCCAAGCAUGACGAGUUGGCUGCCAAGUGCAUGAAAUUCCUGACGGCAGUAGCAUCACGGUCGUUCCAUCGCGCGCUCUUUGAGUCCCCGCAAGUGCUCACCGAAUUGUGCGGUAUUGUGGUCACGAAUUUGCAGCUGCGCACGUCAGACGAAGAGCUUUUCGAAGAAAAUCCGAUGGAUUACAUUCGCCGCGAUAUUGAAGGAUCUGAUGGCGACAGCCGCCGUAGUGCUGCUCGUGAUUUGGUGCGCGGUUUGCUUGGCAACUUUGACGAGGCGGUGACUCAACUCUGCAUGACCGCGAUUCAGACGCAUUUGCAGCAGUAUAAAGCUGAUCCUGUUCGCAAUUGGGCAAUGAAGGAUGUGUCGAUCAACCUGGUGAUUGCCAUUUCCGCAAUGAAACAAUCUCGUCUGCGUGGUGUGUCUGAGGUGAACAGCCGAGUGCCACUAAUGGACUUCUUUACGGCCGAGGUGCUGCCGGAGCUUUCCACUCCCAAUCAAGCGUCUCUCAUCUUAAAAGCUGACGCGAUCAAGUUUGUCUCUACGUUCCGUAGUCAGAUGUCGGUGGAAGUCAUGGAUCAGCUUUUUCCUCUUUUGAUGAACUGCAUGGAUCCUUCACAGUUUGUGGUGCACACAUACGCUGCUGCCUGUCUUGAGCGCCUUCUUAUUGUUAAGGAUCCAUCGGGCACACUCCGAUUCUCAAAGGAACGACUUGCACCGUAUCUGGGUAAGCUGCUGGAGCACGUGUUCAAUAUCCUUGAACAGCCUGACUAUCCCGAGAAUGACUACCUGAUGAAGGUGGUCAUGCGAGUGAUGAACGUGGCAAAGGAGGGCAUCCUGCCUCUGACUGACAUGGCAGUCAACAAACUUACCAGUAUCCUGAACCGAAUCUGUGCAAACCCCAGUAACCCGUCGUUCAGCCACUACCUUUUUGAGUCGCUGUCCGUGCUAAUUUUAAACGUGUGCAAGACGAACCCCGCCGCAACCGAGCGCUUCGAGGAGUUACUUUUCCCGCCUUUUCAGAAGGUCCUGACAAACGACGUUGAAGCGCUCUCACCUUAUGUGUACCAAGUGUUGGCCCAGAUGCUGGAACUUCGGCCGAGCGGUGUGUCUGAUGCGUACAAGAGUAUGUUUCCUGUGUUGCUGAACCCUACAUUGUGGGAGAGGAUCAGCAACGUGCCCGCCAUUGUGAAGCUCAUUGAGGCGUACAUGCGGAAGGCUCCGAACGACGUUGCUCAGUCUGUGCAAGGCAUCCUCGGCGUUUUCCAGAAGCUAAUCUCGUCCAGAUCAACGGAAGCAAGCGCCUUCUCGCUGCUGCGGGGACUUUUUGCUUUCAUGCAGCACGAGGCUUAUGCCAAUUUCCUGGGCGAAAUUGUAAAAAUCUUGAUGAUUCGACUUCAGACCCGCAUGGCAGGUCGCAAUUCCGUAGGGUACACGAAGGAGCUGGUUUACACGGUGUCCGUGCUUAUUGGAAAGCUCGGCCCAGACACAUUCUUGGCAUCUUUAGAAGCUCUGCAGAAGGGUAUGUCGACCAUGUUCAUCAAAUCGGUGUGGCUGACGUGCAACGUGCGUGGUCGUGGUCCUGCAGAGCGGAAGGCUUGCGUGAUUGGCCUCACGCGACUGAUGUGCGAGACAGAACUCUGUGUUGCUGACCUGGACAUGUGGACUGAGAUGUUGGCAGCAGUGGUGAAGGUACUUGAAGAAGCCGGAGAAAAUGGAGCCGUGGUGAAGGACGAGGAUGAGUCGUUGCUCGAGCUGGAACAGACGGGUUAUGAAGCUGGUUACGCGAAACUGUUCUUUGCGUCAGUGGUCUCGCUUGACUACUUGCAGGAAUACCCAUCACCAACGCAGUACCUUGCCGAGUCGAUUGCCAAGUUAUCAGCUUCCAAACCUGGCGUGCAUUUGGCAUACGCCCAGACAAAACUGCCGACGCCAGCGACGCUGACAGUGCUGCAGUCGUACUUUGCUCAGACCGGCGUGCCAUUCCAGUAG